UGAGAGGGGAACAGGAGGAGGGACAGAGGGAUGGGGAAGGCUGCACAAAAGAAUUCCUCACCCCAAGCCCCCGGACCGGCAGCGAGUAAAGAAGCAGCUCUGCUCCCCCUCCUCCUUCCUCCCUCCCAUCGACCCACCCCGGCUGGGCACUGGUCAUAGAGCAGCUGAGGGCUUUCGGAGAGAACCCGCGCAGACUCCUGUAGGUGGCAACACUGCCACCUGUUUGACCAGUGGGGCUGAGCCAAGGACUGGAAAAGGGAGGAGGCAGACAAGUCGGAGAGGAGCUGGGAAGCAGUGCAGUGCAGAGCAGAGAGCAGAGUGGAGCUGCCGCUGAGAAAAGUGCGACUGUAUCUGGUUUGGCCUGCUCUUCCUCACCUUUCUCCUCUCCCUGGGCUGGCUGUACAUCGGGCUCAUCCUUCUCAAUGACCUGCACAACUUCAAUGAGUGUGUCACAGAUCCCCCCCUUCCUCUGCAUACAUGUUAAUCUAUGCCCCACCUUGGGACCCCUGGGUGCUCAGUCAUUCCCGGCCCUGCCCAGCUGUCCUGCUACCCAACCUCCUUAGAAAAUUGCUCCACGAAGUCUCCCCAGUCCUUGGAGCCCCUGGCCCCAUGAAAGGCUUCCCUCUCACUCCCUUCUAGUCCUCCUUCUGAACCCACCCACCCCAACUCCCCUCAGGCCACUAUUAACACCCCUUCCCCCACUCAGACACCUCUCUCUCCCCUCCCACAGAUUCCUGUUCCAACACUGGGGACACUGGAUGGACUGGUCCCUGGCAUUUCUGCUGGUCAUCUCUCUACUUGUCACAUAUGCAUCCCUGCUAUUGCUCCUGGCCCUGCUCCUGCGGCUCUGCGGCCAGCCUCUGCAUCUGCACAGUGUCCACAAGAUGCUGCUGCUCCUCAUCAUGCUUCUUGUGGCCGCUGGCCUCGUGGGACUGGACGUCCAAUGGCAGCAGGAGUGGCGUAGCUUACGUCUGUCACUGCAGGCCACAGCCCCGUUCCUUCAUAUUGGAGCAGUUGCUGGCAUCACCCUCCUGGCCUGGCCUGUUGCUGAUACCUUCUACCGUAUCCAUCGAAGAGGUCCCAAGGUUCUGCUACUGCUCCUAUUUUUUGGAGUUGCCCUGGCCAUCUACCUGGCCCCACUGUGCAUCUCCUCACCCUGUAUCAUGGAACCCAGAGACUUACCCCCCAAGCCUGGUCUGGUGGGACACCGAGGGGCCCCCAUGCUGGCCCCCGAGAACACCCUGAUGUCACUGAGGAAAACAGCCGAAUGUGGAGCUGCUGUGUUCGAGACUGAUGUGAUGGUCAGCUCUGACGGGAUCCCCUUCCUCAUGCAUGAUGAGCACCUGAGCAGGACCACAGAUGUGGCCUCAGUGUUCCCAGCCCGAACCUCCUCCCACAGCAGCGACUUCUCCUGUGCUGAACUGAAGAAGCUCAAUGCCGGGACCUGGUUCCUAGAGAGGCAACCCUUCUGGGGGGCCAAACGGCUGUCUGACCCUGAUCGGAAGGAGGCUGAGAACCAGACAGUCCCAACAUUGGAAGAGCUGCUGAAGGAAGCUGCAGUCCUUAACCUUUCUAUCAUGUUUGACUUGCGCCGCCCCCCACGAAAUCACACAUACCAUGACACAUUUGUGAACCAGACACUGGAGACUGUGCUGAGUGCAAGGGUGCCCCAAGCCAUGGUCCUUUGGCUACCGGAUGAAGAUCGGGCUAAGGUCCAACAACGGGCACCUAGAAUGCGCCAGAUAUAUGGACAGCAGAGAAGCAACAGAACUGAGAGGCCCCAGUUUCUCAACCUCCCCUAUCAAGACCUGCCACUGUUGGAUAUCAAGGCACUACACCAGGAUAAUGUGUCGGUGAACCUAUUUGUGGUGAACAAGCCCUGGCUCUUUUCCCUGCUCUGGUGUGCAGGGGUGGACUCGGUCACCACCAACGACUGCCAGCUGCUACAGCAAAUGCGUUACCCCGUCUGGCUUAUCCCCCCUCAAACCUACCUAAUGAUGUGGAUCAUUACCAAUUGUGUCUCCACCCUGCUGCUUCUGUGGACCUUCCUCCUGCAAGGGAGAUGUAAGAAGGAAAGAGAGAAAACUGGCUUAGAAACAGCAGUGCUGCUGACCAGGAUCAACAAUUUCAUAAUGGAGUGAAUGCCCAGCUCCGGACCCCCACCUACCAGAGUCUGAGGCCUCUCUGGAUUGGCUAACAGCAAGGAAGAGAGAGCAGCUGAGAUGGAAAGUUGGUGGGGUUGGGGUGGGGUAAACUUUGUCAACAGGAGGUUUUGAACCAUGAGGGCCCUCUGCACAGAUGGUGGGCAUGCUGCAAGCUUCCAUGGAAUCUGCUCCUCUUAGGGUUUUCACCUGAGGUUAGGUUAGGAAGACAGUGACUCAUAGGAAGUUUCUCUGCAAAUGUUAACAGAGGAAGUGGAAAGGAGGUUGCCAAGAUAAUGUUUCAGACCUGUGUGUGCGUGUUCUCGAGUAGAAGACACAAGGUGUGUCAGGGAUGGGAUAGCUUGGACCUAUGACUGAAGGAGAUGACAAAAUGGCCUUUGCUGGAGAACUAAGAUGAUGGAGUCACCAAUCCCCACUCCAUUCACUGUCUCCCCUGACCCCUGCAAUUUAGCUGCUUUCCUGCCUAGACGCUGAGGGCCGAAGAGCCCAUCUAGCCAUUUAAUUCUGUGACUAUAACUGGCUUUUUGCUGUGCACAGCCUUUUCUUCAAGACAGGUUGGUUCCUGUAUGGUGUCAAUCUGCUUAUUCAAUGAAUUUAACUCCUGUUU